AUGUCAAAUACUGUGGUCAAGGAAGAAGAAGACGAAAUUCAGGUUUGAUAUUUAGCCUAACUUGACAAUAAAAAUCUAGAUUUUCAGCCGCAAUUUCAAGAGAAUCCAAUUAUUAGAACUGGAGAUGUUUUGCGAUUGAAAUUUGAAGAUUUGAAAAAUUGGGAUGUAGAUCAAAAAUGGAGUGAUGAAAUAAGAAUUGGGCAAUUUGUUUGGUGAGUAAUUAUUAGAAUUUUAAUAAGAAAAUGCACUUUUUUCAGGAAACUCGGAUUGGAGUGUGACGGUAAAGAGUUAAAUUUGUUAACUCAAAUUAUAUCUCCUGGUUCGGUUGGAAAUGGAUGGUUGAUAAAUCUAUCGGGAUCAGGAAAAAUUCAUUUUAAAGGAACACAUGAAGCAAGCUGUUUUAGCGGAGCUUUCCAAAAAAAAUGUUUGUCACCAGAAAAUCAGGCAAUUUUCACCAGCAUAGUUCAUUCGUCUGAAGUGAAAUCUGAGGAAUGUGUAGAGGAUACUUUGAUUAUAGUUGAGAAUCAAUUAGAUGUGGUAUUUUAUGAUUUCUCUCGAAGAGUUCCGAAAUUCCAUGAUAUUGUGAUAAAUAUUGGAAAUGACAAGAUUUAUUUCAACAAAGGAGUGAGUUGUUUUCUCUCAUUUUCCCAAUUUCUCUAUGAUAUUUAUAGCAACUCUGUGCUAGCUCAAAGUUUUUCUACGACAAAAUCUUCAUCGAAAACGAAACCGAAGAGAUAAAUUUGGAUUCUGUUCUGACUAACGAUUUUUGUUCUUUUUUGGCAACUUUGUGUCCAACCCCACUGGAAAUUACUGGUACUUUUUUAUUUUUGGAAUUUAAAAGAAUAUUGAUGUUUUAGAUGGGAAUUAUGAACAGCUUGUUAAAAUGGCUGAAAUGUUCGAUGCUCCAACUUUGCACAGAAAAUGCGAAACGUUUUUGAUAUCUUCGAGUUUGGCAUUGAUUAAGAAGCUGGAAUAUGCUGAAAAAAUACGAAUAUAAUUCUUUGAUGGUAAUUUUUCAUCCUAAGUUUUUAUUUUUUUAAAACAAUAUCUAUUAUUUCAGCAAAAUUGCAUUUCGUCACUCAAAAAUACAGCGGAUAUCAAAAAACUGACGGAUAAUGAGAAAUUUAUGAAACUCGAGGAGAAUACGCAAUUACAAGUUCUUAGAAAACUUUUGAAAUUUUUGUGA